UCCGCCCUUAACAAUCAUGGCUGCCCCCAGCAGAAAGGAGGCUUUGAGGCUGCUCACUCGAUUCGGAGCGAUUAUUUUGACCCGAUUUGGGUUUUGGAACUGUUUUAGUAUGCUGAUGUUGUUUGCUGAGCGAGCAGAUAUUAAAAGAAAGCCAGACAUCCAGGUCCCCUAUCUGUAUAUCGACAUGGGAGCUGCCGUCCUUUGUGCCAGCUUCAUGUCAUUCGGUGUGAAAAGGAGGUGGUUUGCACUGGGGGCUGCUCUGCAGCUGGCUGUCAGCACUUACGCCUCGUACAUCGGAGGACAUGUGCUUUACGGGGAUUGGUUGAAGGUGCGGAUGUACUCCAGGGCCCUCGCCAUCAUUGGUGGCUUCCUUGUGCUGGCUAGCGGAGCUGGGGAAGUGUACCGUCAGAAGCCCCGCACCAGGUCCCUGCAGUCCACUGGACAGGUCUUCCUGGGGAUAUACCUCAUCUGCGUGGUGUACUCCCUCCAGCACAGCCAGGAGGAUAGGAUGGCCUACUUGAACCACAUUCCCGGCGGGGAGCUCACCCUGCAGCUGCUGUUCGUGGUGUACGGGGUGCUGGCCCUCUCCUUCCUCUCUGGCUACUACGUGCGCCUGGCCGCCCAGAUCCUGGCCACCCUGCUGCCUCUGGUGGUGCUCUUCAUCGACGGCAACAUCGGCUACUGGCACCACACCCGGCACGUGGAGUUCUGGAACCAGCUGAAGCUGAUUGGGCAUAACGUGGGCAUCUUUGGGGCGGUGCUCAUCCUGGCCACAGACGGCUGAAGGGCUGUUCCUCUCUGAAGGUCAGCUAUCCUGCAGCCACCGUCCUUUUGGCCCUCAAGACUAACAGGCAGUAGGCACUGUAAGGGGGGGGGGUGGGUUAGGAACAUGAGCUCACCUCAGACUAGCCCCUGCUGAACACUCGACCUCUCCAUUAUCUUUAUGUGCAGCUUCUGUGUCUUAUGCAAAAAAAGACAGGGCCUGUUUUUUUAUCUUGAAAAUAUGAAUGCUUCAUGUUUACAUGACUAUUUUUUGUAGCAUUUUUGGUUUUGUGUCUGGGACUGAAAAUCACAGCACAUUCGUGGGUAUUUUGUUAUCUAUUGUGAAAUGGAUAUGUUUUUAAAAUCGAUGCGUUUGCUGAAUGCAGGCAUUAAGUAGAUUUUGAAGAAUAAGGAGAAACACGGUUUUUGAAUAAUAUAGCUCUAUAUGUAGUUGUAGUGCUUUGCUUUGAUUCAUUUGGGAUGUUCUGGGUUUUUUUAGUUUGAUUUAAGCUGACAGAAAUUUCAUAUUUAAGACUGAACAUUCAAUAUUUUUUUUUUUUUUUUUUACAUUAUUGUACUUAAUACAACAAAAUUAUUGUAUUGUAGUUUACUUUGGAUGCAGGUAUGAAACCAUUUUACAGAACCAAUGUACAUGAGUCAUGUUUUUGGCCCAUCAGAUUCACUAAGGAAAUGUGUAUUUGGAUCAUUUGGGGGUAAUUUAUGUCUUUGCGCAAUACACUUUUUCUUUCCGCAUUUUCCACUUGAUGACUUGUUUUGCCCAUAUAGCACAGCUAACAAUUUCAUAAACCUCCCUGUUUUGGAUAAAAUUUGCCUAGUUGUUAAAAUAUUAUGUAGUAGUGCUGAAAAGACAGUACUUAGGUGAUAAGGUCAGGGAUUAAGGCGUCAAACUCCACACAUUUUUAUUAAAUGCCUUUUCCAACUUAUCUGGAUCUACUGAUAUCUGGGGGAAAGCAACAUACCAACAUAUCAUUUUUUAAAUCUCUUUGACCUCAAUUCCUGCAUGUUAUUAAACAAUCCAUGAAAGAUGGGGGGGGGGGGGAAACAUGACAUUUCUACAAUAUUUGCACUGCAGGGGAAAUGGCUGAUCUAUUCAGGAAUACAGGAACAAGAUGGGCUUUAAACCUUUUGCAGAAGCCACGCAUUUCUUAUUUAAGCAGUCUGCGAUUUCCAAUGGAGUUUUUUUUUGCCUUGCUUCAAGAUACAACUGUGAGGGCGCACGCAGAAUUAUUACUAUUAUUAUACAGAUUCUAGUGAAUACAAACCAUGCCGAUUUGUAAGUACUCACAAACAGUUUGUGUUGGUACUGCUGCUCAACCUGUUAUAUUUUCACCAGACGUUUAGAGAGCCUGUGUUUUACGGCAGAAAAUCUGGCUUAAGCAUAUAUGAUGUAUAUACUGUGGAAUAUUAUUUUGCAUAACUAUAAUUGACUUUAACCUUUUGCAGGCAAGUAAUAAAAAUUAAAAAGAUUUCA